UUACCCGACCAAAACAAAUAUGGCGAGUGUCAAAGCUAAUAGUGAGUGUUUUUUCGGCGAUUUUGAAAUUGUUUGUCGUCUCAUUCGACUUUCCUGUGAAGUUGAUACCUAAAGUAUUUAAGCAAUUGAGGUUCCUGGGCACAAAUAUGAGCGAGGAUUGAAGACGAAGCACGGAAAUGCAACGGAAGUCUUUCGCAUUUAAACCCAAACAUCCGGUUCAGAGUGCAGAGGCAUGUAGUUAGUUCGGUGUUUCUGCCUCUUGACGAGGAAAUGGCAAAAGCACCAUAAUUCUCUUCCCUUUGAAAGGAUGGCACAACGAAAGGAAUAGACGCCGAUGUGAAGGGAAUGUAUAUGAGCAUGAAAACAAACUUGGACUUUGCCGUGGGGACACAGUGAGAGCACACUUGCCAUGGGAGUGUUAAACGUUGUUAUUUCCACUGUAGGAAAAUGCUUGGAGGCAGUCUGCUUACUGUUGGACGUCAAUUUCCUCCUUGUCCACACCAUAGUCCGGACUUUUCUGGCUGUGUUGAACUUUAUAACCAACCUGCCCUCACUUUUCAUCCACUCACUGCUGGAGCUAGGCAACAUGAUCCUGUUUGGCUUCUUAUCCACAGCAGAAGCAACGUCCUACCUCGCCCACGGCACAGUGAACAUGCUGGGCAGCUUGAUGCUCUCCAUGGAGGGGCUUCUGGAGAGCCUGAAAAUGGUGGGCUACCUUGUCAUGCACGUGCUUCUUCGCGGCAAGGAGCACCUGUGUCGAGGGCUUUUGACGCUGCAGGAGGUGUGCGGCAUCGCACUCAGCCUCCUGGUCUACCUGGUCAACACGGCGGUCAACUACACUCUCAUCGCCACCCUCAACCUCCACUCUGUUGUGCUCAGUGUGUGGCAGACGGUGUCCAGCCCGCUGCAGAUGGCGCUGGAGCUCACGCUGACCUCCAUAACCUUCCUCUAUAGCAGUCUGGCGGGCACGUCGGCCUUCCUGUGGUCGCCGUGUAAGCUACUGUUGGACUUCCUGGCAUCGCUGGUGCACAUCUUCAUUAGCAUCUUCAUCCUGAACAUCUACGGCCUUUUGCUUACAGUCAGUAUUGCUCUGACAACCACCGCCUACCUUAACCCAGAACUCACCAGGCAGGCCUCGAGGCGACUUGUGUCUUAUGCUAACUCUUUCCCGGCUAUUCACAGACUCCACGUGCUGCUCUGUUUAGCCUGGCAUAACACGUCUUGUUUAUUAUGCGCCAGCGGGAGACACCUGCACAGGAUGUUGCGCUAUCUCCACCUGCUGGAGAGAAGAAUCUGGCGGCAGCUGUCUCGCCACAGCAGCCAGCUGGGCACAGCGCUGAGGACGCAGCUGCACGGGGACAACACGGACAGAGUGCGCGGCGACGGCGAUCCCGACGAGGGCACCAGGCGGGAUCCGCCCGACGGAAGAGCAGGGGACCAUAAUCAACCGGAACAUCUCGCCCCAACGCCGUCCAGCACGGAGAGACCUUUAAAGGCAAACAAGCGUUUGACUUUCAGGUCUCCGUCGGAGAAUGUGCUGACGCUGCAUCUGUGCGUCAUCUGUCACGACCACGCCAAGACGGUGGUGCUGCUGCCUUGCCGACACCUGUGCUUGUGCCGGCGCUGUACCGACAUCCUGCUGCAGCAGCCCGUCUACCAACACAACUGCCCGCUGUGUCGCCGCAUGAUCCUCAACACCAUUGAGGUGUACCUCUGAGGGACAUCAACCACUCAAAAUAUGUUUUUAGGACAUGCUCACGCUAGGCCAUUCUGGAUCGUACUGGACUUGGCCGCGAGUCCGCCAACCCUCUCCUGGCCUCGGCUGGCCUGUGCUCACAAUGAGCAUUCGUGCUUUUGUCUCGUCACGUCUACUUUUCUGUAUUCCAACAAUUACCCUGACUUUGUGGCGUAUUUCCAGACUUAUUUUGAGUUGUUGUGGUUAUGUCUACUGUGGAAGGUCAGUAAUUACUUGUGAGGGGUGUGAUCACAUUAAUUAAAUGAUACACAAACGUGAGCGAGCGUGCUGUGGGGUUUGACUUUUGGAUUAUUUUCAGUCAAUGUAUUUUAUUCCCAUCAUGAAACAUAUUGGUUUUCAUUAAGAACUUGCAAGGAGCGAUCGCUUUAUAGUCAUUGUACGCCUCGCAUGCGAUUGUGGCGUACCCCGGCCCAAGGACGGGAAGUGUUCUGAACUGCAGAAUAAACUAUCUGGUGUGUUAUGGUCAUGUCCGGCAUUACAGAAUUGAUAUGGACAGGCUUAACUGGCUGGCUUUGAGGUUUAAGUCGUCAAAGCACACUUUUUUGCUCGUCAGCGGUGAUUAAAGUUGCUCAGGAAGUAGUGAGUCCUCUCGCUUCUCGUCUCUGCAGAGAGGACUUAAAAAAAUGUGUGAAGGCUAACGAUGAGCAGGUGAUGAUGAGAGUUUUGGGUGAAGAAAUGUGAAAGACGGAACAAAGCUGAGAGUCAUUUUUAUUGUGUUAUUACUGCUCAGUUUCUCUGUAAAUAGGAAGCUCUUGUAACCAUGGUAACCUUGGUAAACAUGGUAACCUUAGGCAUUUAUUAGCUUUAAUUUCUGACUUCCCUUUUUCUUUUUUUAACAAUGUGAUUUCGAUUUUUUUUUCUUUUUUAUUGGGGCUCAUUCCAGUAUUAGGAAGGACCAUACACAAUUCUAUUUACUUUUCAUCAUUUUCGUCAAUCAUUCUUUUGGUGUGUUUACUCAGUUUACACAUUUUCGAGCGUCAUUCUGUGUGAUACUCGGGGAAAGUGCCAUCUACCUUUUGGCUGUUGUUCUAUGGUUGGAUGACUACAUUUUUAUAUCUUGCUUUUUUUUGUUUGUAUGUGAAGCUGAAGAAUCUGACGGCCUUGUACACGGACUCCUCAGGUAUUUCAUUCCAUAAGAAUGCAGGAGCUGAACAAUUCAACAUGCCUCCUGUGUUGUGUUCAAUGUGAAAGAAAAUGUGACUGCAUGUGACUUGAAUGUAACUCCAUUAAGAUGGAAGCCAAGUUAAUGGUGUCUUUUUCUAAUAAAAAGUUGGU